UCAAUUUGAAUGGAGGAAGAGUAUUUAUUUUUGCCCUCGUGUGAGGAACAUCCAUCUAUUUGCUGCCGCUGUCAACUCUCCUUCCACACUCACAAAAGUGAAUGAGGAGGGUUGUGCACUAUAUAUUAUUUAUGUGUUCAGUUAAGUCGGGGGGGUGGACCAAGAGUUUGCACGUGAGGGAUACAAUUUAAGACUAAUCUUCAUCCAACUCCUUUCUGAAGACGUGACUGGCAACAGAGUUAUAUCCCGGUACCAGAUGACCCACGGGGUUGGGGACCACUGCCCUAUGUAAAGGAUGCUGAUGGCACUGCUGCACAACUUACCCUUGGCAUCGACAUCAUCAAAGUGGAGGGAGGUGAUGCCAGCACUCCUCCAUCUGAUUUUGGAAUAGUGAUCAAGGGUGUUGGAGUUCUACAUGACCUGGGGGGAGUCACCUCUGCAUGUGCUCUCUUAAUGGGUGUAAUAUACUGUAUGCACUGAACCUCAGUUAUCCCAAGGAACUGAAGACCUUUGAAGUACUUCAAAAGCUCUUUCUUCAGCUUGAUGCCGGCAAACUCAACCAAGGUACAGAUAACCUUGUUAUAUUGUUAUACACUAUUGACAAAUCAGGGAUGUUUUGUUGGACGUUUCAUUUGUUUAUGCUGCAUCAAGGUGCUUUAUGAUUGUUAAUGUUGGUUCACAUGGAUGUAUUGGACCGUUUGGGUUCUGCAUGUUCGGUUCGGUCCAUUUCGUACCGUUUCGGUUAUAUUUUAUGGCAUUUUUUAUCAUUAAAUUUAUUGCUAGCAUGAUCUAAGCGCUUCACACGGGAGUAAAGCCCUGGGCGAGUUUCUGCACGGAUGCAUCUGAGUGAGGGGGAGGAACGCCUAGUAGCUCGCAGGCGUGAUAAAUGGCAUCAUGGCAAAUGCAAACGAGAAGCCUGAGCUGGAAGACCCUCCCAUCUCACUACGGUCUCCUGUUUCGGAACACUUUGGCUUCGCUGACGGAUGGACAAAGGCAAGUGGAUAAAUCCAAAGUUGUGUGUUGAUAUUGUUCCACGGAUAUCAGGUAUGCUGCAGGAAACGCAUCGAACAUGUUAGCGAACUUAAAGCGGCAUCAUCCGGCAGUGAAUUUUACAUCUACAAGAAAGAAAACCAGCUUAGUGCAAACACCGAUAACUUCAGCAUGUAAGCUCAAGCAACUCUGACCGGGCCAAAGCAGUAACAUGGUAUUGGAGUUUUUAUAGCCACGAGAUUACGUCCAUAUUCAGUUGUUGAGGGCGCUGGCUUUAAGUACAGUCAUGGAAAAAAUGAUUAGACCACAUUCAUUUUAAUGCCUGAUACAACUAAAGGUACCUUUGUUUGGACAAAUGUAACAAUGACAACAAAAAUGGCUCAUAAGAGUACAAUGCUAUAGCUAUUCUUGUAAGAACUUAAGCGAUUUUGGUUUUUAAGAUAAGAGUUGCUAGAUAUCAGCUCUUAAAUUCAACUCUUAUGAGCUGUAUUUGUUAUCAUCAUUAUGAUUGUCCGAACAAAUGUAUUUUUAGUAGUACCAGGCAUUAAAAUGGAUCAGUAAACUGAUGAAACAAGGGUGGUCUAAUCAUUUUUUCCAUGACUGUAUAUGAUUAAAGUUCUUGAACCUCGCUACAUAACACCAUCACGUCCUCACUUUAGCCAGAAAGUUAUUGCAGCACUUUAUGAAAACGCUAAAAGUGAUGUCGUCAACGAGCUAUCACGUGUCCGCUAUUUCACUUACGACAGAUGGUUGGACUUCACGCGCAACAGAGAGCUAUUUAACGGUAACUGUCCAUUACAUUUCACCACAAUGUUUAAAUAUAACAGUUUAUUUUAUUAUUAUUUUUCUAUUGGAAAAAAAACUCAGUCAAAUUUAUUUGAAAUGUCACCCAAAUGGGUCGCUUUUUAUUUAUUUAAAAAUUCUCCGUCUACCACAAUCACCUCUGCUGCCGCUGUCGCUGCCGAUUCUCCUUCCAGCACUCCCUCCCCCUGGCAUCACCACCGCUUCUGCCGACGUCACCAUCAAGCCUCCCUCCACCGCUCCUCCACCUGGCAUCACCACCUCUGCUGCUGCCGCCGCCAUCGGGCCUCCCGUCAGCGCUCUUCCACCUGGCACUGAUUUUCCCAAAGGUCUUGGGGAUCAUCAAGAUGUUGAGAUGAGCCUUAAUAUUCUUUUUGUUCAGCAGUGGUAUUCAUCUGGAACUCUGCCAUGCAGGCUGUUUUUGCCCAGUGUCUUUCUUGUUAUAUUGUUGUGUUGUCAUUGACUAAUGUUUAUUAGUCAAUUAUUGUAAUUUGUUUGAUGAUCUGAAACAUUUAAGUGUGACAAACAUGCAAAACAAUAAGAAAUCAGGAAGGGGCAAACACGUUUUCACACCGCUGUAUGUGUUCGGUCUCCCCUUGAGACGCUAAUCGCCGAGGUGGUGACUCCAGGAGAAGCAGGUAGUGCGCCGUGCGAGCUGACUGUGCACUAACCGAUUGGGACUGCUGCGAAGCGGGGCAGACCUCUCGGCAGCAACGACGGAACAAUACGUGCUUUCAGUUUUAAGUCUCCAAUUACAACGUGCUGGUUGUAAUGAAGUUGUCUUUGUUCAACUGGUUUGCCUCAUCAACUCUGCUUUUUUGUCUCAACACCAUCAGCUCAUUUAGGAAGAUGGAAGUUUACAGUACAUCAGUAUCUCAAACUGGUUUUUAAGUUCCAGCUAAUGACUUGAGUUGUAAACACAGAACACCGGACUGGUAAUUAUACAGCUGUUAAUGAGAGCAAGAAUUCAUGACCAUUUUGUUUGUGCGACUUAUAUGUUGUUAGACUGUAGUUGCCCGACAUAACACCAUAUUACAAUACACGUUUUAACGCAUGCAGGAAGACUGAAUGCAUGCAUGUCUUUGUAAUAAAACAUCUAGUUCCAGAAUUUUGUAAUAUAUUUGUAGUUGCGCACUCAAAGGAGUGUUAGGACAGCAGGAAGGGGGCAGUUGAGAAACAAAGUUCACAUUGUCGAGGUCAACAUGACCUUUGGUCCAGGAUUUGUAAACCUUAGGGUCUUAGCACUGUGUUUACAUGAAAUCCAAACAUGUCUCAAAGGCAUUUUCUUGUUACCUGGUCUUCACUUGUGUUUUUGAGUUUUGAUCUGCUGGUGACAGAAAUCUCCAGUCUCAAAACACCGCAACAGGACCCAAGCCAGACUAACAUUGAUGAUGCUCGUUUGGUGGGAGGAGAAAGCCGCUGCACAGGUCAGCUUGAAUUAAAACAUCACAGAAAAUGGCGAGUCCUGACUAUGCAGCAGGGAAGAAGAUCAGCCAGUGUGGCACAGGUGGCCUGCACGCAAAUGGAUUGCGGCUCUCUCAUCUCCAUUCAACACAAGAGCAACAAUGACCAUCGACCGGCAUGGGAGGUUCAGUUCCGGUGCCAUGGCUUAGAGUCCACCCUGAUGGAGUGCAAAGACUACGUGGGAGCACACAGGAGAGUGCAGGGAAGAAAUUCAACUUCGGAUAUCCUGGAGGUAGCCUGCUCAGAAUCAUUGAGGCUUGUGGGCAAUGGCCACAUUUGUUCCGGCGACGUGGAGGUUAAGACGGAUCAAGGCUGGACUACGGUGUGUGAGGAAGGUUUUGACCUUGCAGCUAAAACGCUGGUCUGCAGGGAGCUGGGCUGUGGGCCCCCCUCCCAUUUUAUUGGCUCAUUUGGAAGAAAAAAAGAAGGAGGGCUGCUUUCAUCCAGAAAGUUCCACUGCAAAGGCAACGAGACUCGCCUCCAGGACUGUGCCAACUCAACCCAUGAAGACUGCAGACCAGCUCCUGCAGUUAGAUGCCAAGUUCAUCAGGCUUUCCAAAUGGUGGGAGGAGACAACCGAUGUGCUGGUAUCGUGGAGGGAAAGGAUGCUGGAGAGUGGAGGCCACUGGCAGAUAAAUGGCACCAAUGGAAUACAGAACACUUGUCUCAGCUGUGCACACAGCUGGACUGUGGAAGUUUUAUUUCAACAACACCACAUUUUCUACCCAGAGAAGAGGCUGUCUGGGCGCUAGACUCCUUCUGUGCUGACCGCAGCGCAUCCAUUUGUACAGAAUGGGAGCCUGACAGAUCAGACCAUCUGAUGACUGUGACUUGUUCAGCCAGCGUGCGACUCCUGGCAGGGAGGGACAGAUGCUCAGGCAAUGUGAUGGUGAAGUCUUCCCAGUCCUGGUGGCCAAUGUGUGACUCUGUCUUCAGCGCGGAGGAUGCGUUGGUUGUAUGUGGGGAACUUGACUGCGGGGUUCCGCGGGAUUAUCACAGCAGGACGUCCAGCGGGCAAAAUCUCCAACAGUGGGCUCCUGCCUUUAAAUGUGAAGGCAAAGAGCAGAAGCUUCAGGAAUGUCCGUCUCUCUCCUUCAAUGCCACAGAAGAGAAUUGUGGCAAAGUUUACAUCACCUGCAUAAAGAAUCCAACAAAACCACAGGCAAGUGUGCACAGCGCACACACUGACGGAACGCAUGUCCUCAAGGGUCAUCACUUUGCCAUCACCUGCAGUCACAACUCGCGUUACUCUAUACGCUCCUUCCGCCUAAAAACAGGCGUUUACGCAGAACACCUCACUGAGUGGACGGAAGCAGCGGCUGAUAAUUCCGCCACCUUCCUUUUCCCUGCCGCCCAGGAUUCCCACAAGGGUGUCUACUACUGCGACUACAACUAUGAGCUCAGACCAACUACUUUCUCUGAACCCAAGGCAAUAUCUCUCACUGUUCAAGAGCCCCGUGAUUUGAGGUUGGUGGAAGGAGGCAGUCCGUGUGCUGGCAAGCUUGAGCUCAAACACAACAAAGACUGGAGACCCGUCAGCUACCAGAACACGUGGAGUCUGAAGGAAGCGGCAGUGGUGUGCAGACAGCUCGGGUGCGGUUUGGUUGUUUCAACUACUAAACAGCACAAAACAUCAGCACCUGUACCUGUGUGGCGUUUUUAUUCUGACUGUGAGGGUUCUGAGCUUGCACUCAUGGACUGCGGGACCGUGACCCACCGGCAUUCCUCUUGGACCGUUCAAGUUAUCUGCAGUGAUAUCCUGCCUCAGCCUAACAUUUCCUUCUUCUCUGGCUACACUGGUGAGACACAGCAGGGCGUGACUCUCCUCCAUGGCUACAGCUUCACCAUCACAUGCUCCGUGGAGCCACAUUACCCCGAAGGUCACUUCAGCCUGAAAUUCAAGCAGACUGCCAGCCGGAGCCUGCCAGCAGUCAAGCACUCUGCCCGCUUUGUGUUUCCAACCGCACAUGCGCUGCACACUGGAAACUACACUUGUGUUUAUCACAACUUUGUUUUUGGUCGGAAUUUCUCCUCUGUGAGCCACAGUCUCUCUCUUAGCGUCACAGAUGAUGUAGAUCUGGUUUUGGACGAUGGAGAGCCGGCACACAAUGACAGCGUCUCCUGUGCCGGAAAGUUGUUAGUGCGCCAUGAGGAUGAGAUGAGGCUGCUGAGUGCAGCGUCGUCAUCCUGGGAUCUGAAGCACGCUUCCGUGGUGUGUCGACAGUUAGGAUGUGGUGCCGCCCUCUCCACCAAAGCCACCCAUCUUGCCAACAAGGAAGCCGUGUGGCGUUUCUUCUCAGACUGCAAUGGAUCCGAGUCUGCUCUGAUGGACUGUGGAAGCGUUGCUCGCUGGUUUUCGUCCUCAGCUGUUGUGGUGGUUUGUGCCGGCCAUAAUGGGGCAACAAAGGAAGAAUGAAGUGUUAUUAUUUUAUUAUAAUAUCAGAGCACAGUGAUUUUUUUCUGUAGAAGCUAUGAGGAAACGCUCAUAAGAAUUCCUUCAAUAAAAAUAUGAAAACGAUUUGUGUGAAUGAGUGACUGGUCCAGGGCGUGUCCCGCCUCAGCUUCUCUGUGGAUUGUGAACAGGAUACUUGGCUAAGAAAAGAGCAACAUGGAUGAAUCUUCAUUCACAAAAAUUAGUGGCCAGAACAAUCUAGUUCGUACCUGAGCUUCUCUGACAGCUCUUGGGUCUUGCCCAUGGUGGUGGAGAUUUGAAUGGAAAAGCCUGAUUCUGUGGCAUUUCUUUUAUCCACAUAAUGAGCUGAGAUUCGGAGUACCAUACUGUACUUUUUUAAAAGGGGAAAGACUCAUUUGUGUGCUUCACGGGUACAUACACGGUCCAUGGGGGAAAGAAUACCUGGUUGGUCUCAAAUACAAAUGCAUUUAUAGCUUUGAUCAUGUUUACAUUGAGGGUCUUUGUUGCAGUAAAGCUUGCAUACAAAUUCUGGACUGUUGGUAUCUUUCCAAGACAGUAAACUUACAAAAUCAGCAGGGGGUCAAAUACUUUAAUUUCCCCACUGAUCAGCAGAAAUAUGAGGGAUGUACUCAGUUUGGU